AUGUCAAACUUAUUAAUUUGUUUCAUUUCACCAUCUUUAUUUCCACUGUUUCUACUUGUGUUUUUUUUACAUUCUACACAGAAAUGGAUACCGAAAUUUGCCAAUCCAAUAACAUUCAAUAAUUUUAAUCAACGUCUUCUUGACCAACGUGUUUGCCUGUGUCAAUUUUGGUCUGAAAACUCGGAAUCAUUUUGUGUUCAAGUGAAGACGAUAACCACUUCCAGUAGAAAUAAUCCUGACUUUACUGUUGAGGUUCGAUUACGCUAUACUCUGGAUAGUUGGCGGACAUACACAGAAUGCCCCCCGUUGUCAAGAAUUGAUCAUUUAACCGAAUCAUACACUGAUCAUCAAUGGAUAGAGACUUAUGAGUCACAGAUUAAACUACACUUAGCACUAUUCAAUGAAAUGUCAGUAUACUCGGUAGAUUAUAAUUCCUACUUAUUAGAAUUUGCUGUUGUCUAUCGAGGCAGUGGAUUUGAAUACUGGGAUAAUAAUUAUUCACAGAAUUAUUUGUCUUCUCUUUGAUGAUCACUGAUCACUUUCAAUGAAUGGUGAUUCUUGUUCAAUGCAUGUUUUCAACGUGUGUUUUUUUUUACAGACCAAAAAUAUACAGACAAAAUGUUA